CAGCACAACGCAGCAUCUUUGAACACUCAGAGGGUUUCAUUUAUGUAUGUCGUCUCUGAAACCUCAGCUGUUUCUCGACCAUUAAAAUCAUCGUGUUGUGUUUAUUUCCCUGGCUGCGUGUUCCAGAUGAUGAGCAAGCUAGGCGUGGGUGAGGACUGGCGCUUCGUUGAUGUGCUGGGGCUGGAGAGUGAGCAACUGUCCGCCGUCCCGAAACCAUGCUGUGCCUUGAUGCUGCUCUUCCCAUUGACACAACAGCAUGAGUCUUUCAGAAAGCAGCAGGCAGACAAGGUUACAGGAGGCUCUGAGGUUUAUUUCCUGAAGCAGACAGCAGUCAAUUCCUGUGGCACCAUCGCCCUGCUGCAUGCUGUGGCCAACAACCAAAGCAAACUGAAAUUUGAUAGUGACUCUGCCCUGAAGAAGUUUCUAGAGGAGACUGCAAACAUGUCUCCUGAUGAGCGUGCCAAACAUCUGGAGAAGAACCAGGCAAUCUGUGAGGCUCACAAUGACGUUGCAGCCCAGGGCCAGUGUAGGCCGGAAGCCGACAAAAUCAACUUCCACUUUAUUGCCUUUGUCAAUGCGGAUGGACAACUUUAUGAACUGGAUGGGAGAAUUAAUGGACCAGUGAAGCAUGGAGCUACCAAAGACGAGUCAUUCAUUACGGAUGCAUCCAAAGUGUGCCGUGGCUUCAUGGAGAGAGAGCAAGGCGAGGUCCGCUUCUCUGCAGUGGCUCUCUGUCACAGUUAGAUGUUUAGUAGGACGCACAACCAAAUUGUAAACCAAAAUGUCCUGGAGCAUUCACAAGGCAAACACAGUCAUCAGGCACCCAGAACAACCUGUGAACACACACAUCUGCAGACACUAUGCACUAUAAAGCACAUAUUGUUGCCACAUACUGUACUUUCAUCUCAUGAACAAAGCAUUCUUUAGCACAUGUACACACAAAAUAUCAAAACCUUUUGUUCUGCUGACACUAACUGCUACAAGCUUGUCCCAAACUUUUUUGUGUGAUAUCAUUUAGCAAUGAGAAUUGUAAAACAUGAGGUCAGAUCUCACCACUGCUUGUGUGCAUAUGUGUAUUUGUCUUUUUCUGCAAGUUUUUUUUUAUAUGUAGUCAGUGGUGGAUCGGUGUCAAACUCAGAAGAUGCUUAAAUACCUUUUGUGCCAAUAAAUAGAACAAAGAAGAGUGAGAAGGAAAAGGCGGAAAACUUGUACGGAGAAAUGUUUUGCCUGUUUCUCUGAAAGCCUUUAGUUGCUGUGUGGUUGAGUGUAUAAGGAUCUGACAUUCCUCAGAAGAGCCCAAAUGUAUCCGUAGGAAUAAUUUAACCAUUGUUAGGAAAUUGCACGCAACCUUUUGAGUGGUAUUCUUGGGUGACAUUUCUCUCAGAAACUGAGGUUGUCUUUGAGAAGAUUGUAGUGGUGGAUCGCAGUAGUUUACAUAUGUGUUCAAAAAUUAAUACAAUUGUUUGCACUUUAUUUGAAAAAUGGGUUUUCACUUAAAAAUCUACAAAUAGUCAAAUACACUGUUAGUGUGCAAGUUUAAACACAUAAAAUACAAAAUGAUCGGGACCAUCGUAACAAAGUGCUACUCUAUGUUGAGUUGUUGUCGUGCAUUGCAGGGUGAUAGUACUGUGUGUUUAGGCUGUGCACCAAUUGUUUACCUUUCUGCACUUUCCAAAUACUAUGUUGCUGUAGUUCUGUCGGUGAUGCAGCUGUGGGAAUUCAAUAAAGCAACCAUUAAAGUUAAA